UCGCUCCCAUUAUAUCUGACGAAUCACCGCCAAAAGGUGUGUAGUUUAAGUGUGAAUCCCUUUCCCUCUCUACUCUUCUUUCACUUUCCAUUUCCAUUUCCAUUUUUUCUGGUUCACUUUCUCGAUGGCCUCCGAGAACCCCACCGCCGACGACGCCGUCAACGGCUUCAAUCGGCCGGAAAUGUUCUCGGAAAACCUCGCCGGCACCGUCGACGCCUACGACCGCCACGUGUUCCUCUGCUACAAGAGUCACCUGUCCUGGCCCCCGCGCAUCGAGGCCUCCGACGCCGAUCCCUUCCCCAAGCGCGUCGCCGCCACCUUCAAAGCCCGCAAGAACGACUUGCCCCUCAAGACGAAAAUCACCGUGUGCGAGGUGCGUGAGGAGGCUGGCUUCCUCGACGGUGACGUGUUGAUUUUCCCCGACAUGAUCAAAUACAGGGGUUUGGAGGAAUCAAAUGUUGAUAGCUUUUUCGAAGAUGUUUUGGUGAAUGGUAAACCAUGGACUGCUGGAGUUCCGGAGGUGUUUAGUGGUUCACAUGUUUAUGUGUGUGCUCAUGGAAGUCGUGACGUGAGAUGUGGUGUUUGUGGGCCAGUUCUCAUCAAGAAGCUGAAUGAGGAAAUUGAGCUUCGAUGCUUGAAGGAUCAGAUAUCUGUUACUGCUUGUUCUCAUAUUGGUGGGCAUAAGUAUGCUGGGAAUGUAAUCAUAUACUGCCCAGGUGCAGAUGGAAAAAUUAUGGGUCACUGGUAUGGCUAUGUUACUCCUAACGAUGUUUCUGAUUUAUUGGACCAACAUAUUGCAAAGGGAGAGGUCAUCAAACGACUUUUGAGGGGCCAAAUGGGAACAUCUGUUGCAGAAGAUAAGGGAGCAGAUGACCAGAAAGUUGCUAAUGGAGAGGAUACCAGCAAGGGCAAGACUAAUCAUGUUGAAAGUGACAAUCUGAGCAACAAAGAAAACAUGGGUGGUUGUUGCCAAGGUGUUAAUGGGGUUUCUUGUUGCAGAAGUGCAAGUGUUGAGCAAAACAACGAGAUUGAAGAAACACCUGAAGCACAAAAGAAGGGUAGCAAAAUCUGUUCUAAUUGGCCUCAAUUGCAGCAGCGUGAUAUUCUCACAGCUGUUGGUGUGCUUGGAGCUGUAGCAGUUGUUGCUGUGGUUUACAAACUUUACAGAAGGGCAGGGUAGUUUACUCUCUAAAACAUGUUACGAGUUGCUUGGGCGUUUAUUAGCCCGAUAUAUUUUUUUUUGUCGAGGUUGCAUAAAUUCAGGAAACAAUCACGAAAACUACUAUUACGAAGUCAUACAUAGACACUUCCGCAUGUUGCAUGGAAGGAUAGUUAAAGUCUAGCAACAGAUGUAGUGAUGAAAACUUUAUCAUCUUUAUGAAGCAUACAGAAUUAUGUUUAUGCUGCUGAAUGUUCCAUUAUGAUGUGUUUCUUAACUUUUUC